AUGCGCCCCUCUCUGCCGUGGGUCUUCGCCCUCCUCGCCCUGACGCAGGCUUCCUGGGAGCGGCUGCGGGACCUCUCCGACUCGUGGUCCCAGAUUCCCUCGGCCCGUUCGGAGCACGUGAGCGUCUGGGAUGACUCGCAGCGGAUGCUGCUCGUGCACGAUGGGAGCGGCUUGUCCGGUGACCUGUGGGCCUUCGAUGCGGCUUUGCAGGAAUGGGCCUUGGCGAUGGCGUCACCUGCACCUGCAGCGCGCGCAUCUCACGCAGCCAGCUGGGAUGGAGCCGGGCGGGCACUGUGGGUGCACGGUGGUUACAACAGCCAGACAGCAACCUGGUAUCGGGAUGUUUGGAAGCUUCAGUCUGGGAUGUGGACCCUGCAGACCAACGACCGUGGGCCAUCUGGCCGACAAGGCCAUGUGAUGGUUUGGGACCCAGGCACUGCUGUCCUACUGGUCCAUGGUGGUUGGACUGGAGCCAAGCGAUUGUCAGACCUGUGGCGAUACAGUGCAGACUCGCGGGAGUGGAGGUCUUUGGCACCCAGCAACGCGCCAGAAGCUCGCUCGCACCAUGUGGCGGUGUGGGAUGGGAUUGGCCAGGUACUCCGACUCCAUGGUGGCUACGGUGCACGCCUUUUCGGAGACUUGUGGACCUUGAGCCGUUCCCUUGUUUGGACAAAGGUGACCUUUCCUGGGGGCCCUACGCCCAGGUCAGGACACGUGGUGGCGUGGGACGACACCAGUGGCGUGCUGUGGUUGCAUGGUGGCAACGAUGGGUUUCUCAGGCGCGACCUUUGGAAAUACGAUUCGUCGGCGAAUGCUUGGGAUCUAAUUGCGGAAUCUGGGCCGUCGGCUCGUUGGGCUCAUGCUGCGUCCUGGGACACUCGGGACCAGGUGAUCUACAUCCAUGGAGGGUACAACGGCACGCUGUGCGGUGAUCUCUGGAGGUUCCAUGUAACAACAACCUCAACCACACACGCACGGACAAGUACCUCUAAGACAUUGACAUCCAGCUCCACCACCGGUGUCAGCCACACCUCCGCGUCGAGCAGCACUUCUCGCACGAGAAGCAGCUCGAGCAGGGCCAGCAGACGCUCCACAACAUCCAGUGAAUCCAGUUGGAGCACUUCAAGCACGCGAACCUCCAGCGCCACCAGCACCACCAGCACCACCAGCCACACAUCGACCUCCAGCAGCACAUCCCGGAAGAGCGUCGGCGCCUUGACAGCAUCCAGUUGGAGUACUUCAAGCCUUCUUUCUUCCAGCACGACAGGCAGCAGCACGAGCUACAAGAGCAGCACUUCCAGCGAUUUCUUCAGCACAACACCCAGCUGGAGCACAUCAAGCACAUCAAGCACAUCAAGCACAUCAAGCACAUCAAGCACAUCAAGCACGCGAAGCUUCAGCAGUUCCAGAAGUUCCAGCGGUUCCAGCAGCUCAACACACUGGACGGCGACUUCCACAACCACAACAGUCACAACAGCCCCUUUCCUUGUGGUGGCUAGCUUCCUUCCAGACUGGCUGCUUGUCCUCAUGAACGUCUUUGCAUUCCUGGUUCUUUUGAUCCUUUGUGUAUGUUGCAUCUGCACAACUCCGAUCGCCGUCAUCCCUUUGCGUGCGGAGCUGGAGUGCUUACGACUUCCAGAUCCCCAGAGACCGUUGGCACGAGUUCCUCCGAAGCCGGUGCACAGCCAGUCCCUGCGAUUACAGGCGCGUCCACGACCUCCAUGCCUUCCACAUAACUCAGUGUUGCAACCCGACCCGGAUCCUUGGACUGUCCAGGCAUUCUGCUCAGGCUCACGCUUGCCGGAGUUCCGCGUCAAGUGCGAGCCUCGCGUGCGGCUGUUGCCAGAGUCCCCGUGGCAGGGGCAAGCUGUCAAUGUGACCUGUGCCCGACGAGUGCUACGUUACCCCCCACCCUUACCACGUCUGCCACCUUUCCCAAGUGCCAAGAAUCAGCAUUCCGUCAGUUGUAACAGUUGCCGCUGCGCUGGGCCUCUGAAACCGCCAGGCCCACAGCCGUCGCUACCCAGAGCACCCCCUCCAAGCAUGAGAAGGCUCGAGCCACCAAGUCGGCGCCCCCAGUGCCGGGUGCCGAUCUCCCUGCCGGCGAGGGCGGUUCUGCGGAGCCAGCCGCGUGCUCGGUUGGUGCCAAAGUGGCAGUCCACGUGGCCACCAUCAGCUUCCCCGGUGCCUGGAAAGCUGCGGGACCAUGGUGAACCUGUCGCACUGCCACAAGAUCCUCCCUGCACACAGCACGCGCCAUCAUCAAGUCAGAACCAUGCAGGCCUCUGCAUGUUUCACCCCCAACCGCCAAUACCUAGAGCCCCCCAUCCAAGCGUGUUGCGGAUGGAGCCUCCGCUGAUGCCACAAGCAUCUGCAGCCACGCGCCUGAGUGCUCAGGUUCCAAACCACCCAUCACCAGGUCCAAGACAGGCAGUGGCACGCAGUGUUCCGAGACAGGAGCUAGUUCCAGAGUCCAUUGUGUGGCCGGCAGCGGUGGUCUUGAGGAGACUGCUCAGCGAUCCGGAACCUGCGCCUCCACUUCCACAGAUUGCUGUUCCGAUGCAGGCCAACCAAUCCGUGUUUCCUGAGCCGAUUUGGGCACAGCUGGGCGUGACAAGCCCGCAUCCGCAAAUCGUCCGAGUACUGCCCCAAAGCAGUUCAGAAAUGCCAGUUGUGCCGCUGAUGCCAAGAGCACUUGAGCGUGGCGGCAGAAGGGGCCUGAAUGCUCGGGUUAAGCUUGAGGUAAAGCUUCAUUCUGCUCAGCUUUCCGGAUCAUCAAUGCCUCCAAACCACCCAUCGCCAGACCCAUCACCAGGUCCAAGACAGGCAGUGGCACGCAGUGUUCCGCGACAGGAGCUGGUUGCAGAGUCACCUGUGUGGCCGGCCGCCGUAGUCCUGAGGAGACUGCUCAGCGAUCCGGAACCUGCGCCUCCACUUCCGCAGAUUGCGGUCCCGAUGCAGGACAGCGAACUGCGCGCGAGGCUGCCUCUAUGCGGUGAGUUGCACGGUUGGCGCCUUGAAGGCAGGCCACAGUUUUGGACCGCUGGUGGCCGACCACGUGUGAGGUUUGGGGUGCCCAAAGGGCGCGGCCCAGACGGCCCAGAGCCUUUCAUGAGGCUUGGGUCGCUGAGGUGGACAGGGCGCUUCUAG